GAAGGAGACGCUGACCCGCCUGGUGGACGCCCAGUCGGCGGCGGACGUGCCGGACGCGCCGCCGGACGCGCCGCCGGACGCGCCGCCGUCCUACUGCUCGCUGUACCCGGACGUGCCGGCCGACAGCGGCCCGCUGUACCCGGCCGUGCCCCCGGAGACGUCCGUCAGUCCGCAGCUGGCGCAGCGGGUAGCCGCCGCCGCCGAGUCGGAGCAGGCCGCCGCGCUGAUGGAGAUCGCCGAGGCGUCCGACGGCGACGGCGUGCCUCUGCCCAGCCACGCCGAGACGCUGUUCGCGCUGCCGUCCGGCGCUCAGCUGUUCUUUGUGGCGCCCGACGGGGCGGUGAGCGCGCCGACGGCGGCGCACGAGCUGCGGGUCUGCCGCUUCCCAGACGGGGCGGUGUCGGCCGGCGCGCCGACCGCCUUCCUGCAGUGCGGCGAGUGGACGUACCCGCUGGUGCCGGGAUGCUCGCCGGUGCUGCACAGCAACUUCGGGCCGUACAUGUUCCCGGACCUGGAGCGGCCAGGCUGUCACGUGGCGCUGCUGCUGCCGGAGACGGUGGCGCCGUCUGCGCGCGGCCAGUUUGAGGAGCUGCUGGAGCAGCUGACGGCGCUGGUCCAGCAGCCCGGCGAGCCGACCGCUGCGGCCGCCCCGACCCCCGAGCAGCGCCAGCGGCUGGCGGCCGUCCUCUCCGGCGGCCUGGUCAGAGGUGCCGAGCUGCUCUCCAAGGGCCUGGUGGCGGCCGCCGGCAAACUCAGUCAGUACCUGACCACGGGCACCCACCAGCUGCAGUCCAACCUGGCGCCGGCCAAGGCGCCCGUCCACAUCGACCCGCGACUCCAGAGCGGCGCGCAGACCGCCAAAAAGGUCUCCGUGGGCGCGCUCAAAGUCAGCGAGUAUGUCGUGGGUCAGGUGGGCCGCGGCACGAUGGCGCUGGCCGCCUACAUAGCGCCGCACGUGAAGCGUACGGGCACCCGCAUUAUCACGGGCUCCCGGCUGGCCGACGAGAAGGCCGCCGCCGGGAAGAUGGACGACGUUCUGGAGGUGGCGUCGGGCGCCGUGCGCGGCUUCGGCCUGGUGUACACUGGCCUGGAGCGGGCGGCCACGCUGCUGGCCACCAGCAUCUCGGAGAACACGGUUCAGCUGGUGGAGCACCGGUACGGCGCCGAGGCCGGCCGCGUCACAGAGCACUCGCUCCACUCGGCCGGAAACCUGGCCAUGACCGGACACAACGUGCAGUCGCUCGGAGCCAAGGGCAUCGCCAAACGGGUGGCCAAGGACACCGGAAAACACCUCAUCACCGAGCACGAACAGAGCAAGCACGGACCGCCGCCGCCGCGCCCGCCGCCGCCGGCCUAGGGCCGCCGGACGGCGCCAGCGGCCGCGUCGUGAUGCGCUCGGCGGUGCUGUAAGGUGGGAAUAAUGUCCUGUGUAUGUACUGUAACAUCGUAGAUGGCCUUGUUUAUUGACGAAGAGAUUGAUAGCAUCGUUGUGCGGUACGGGCCACAGUGCGCUGGGCUGCAGUUUGCGGCUGCGGCGGGCGCGCGUUCACCGUCCCUCCCCGUUUGCCGAGUGGAGCUGAGCGGCUGACUGGCGCCGGCGCCGGGUGUCGGGGCGCCGCGCCAGCAGCGCUCCUCCGCGCUGCUCGGCUUGGAACGCUCCCAUCCUUCCUGUCGGUGGCUGGCGAGGGGCACCGCUUUCAAGCUAUGCAGUAUGUAGAUCCCUCAACGGACAAGUUGGCUUAACUCUAUGAGUGUUUGGAGAUUGGAGGUAGUAUUCCCAUGUCGUUUUAUAAUGGCACGUCAGUGCCUUAAUGUUCUUGUGCGUCCAGUGCUAUGUGCGUUAUCUGCAUAACCUUGCUUCAGACACCGCAAUAUCGUUCGCCCGCCUCUGGACAGGGGUUGGGAAGGGGCCCGCCUCUCCGCAGGGGUUGGGGAGGGGCCCGCCUGUGGACGCGGGUCGCGCGGCGCCCUGUGCUUCCUGUGCAGCUAGUGCUCCGGCUGGCUACAUGUGUCUACCCCUCGCAAAACCUCCCGGAUAGUAACGUGUUGGAACAGACGUGAUACUUUAAUGGAUCUGAGAGCAGAAUAUCUUAACCAAAUAUACAUCGUUUAUUUUUA